UUUGGUUAUCUCUUCUCUGCAGGUCUGGCCGGCUCCUGCCUGCCACGGUUCAGCACAAUGCCGUUCCUCUACUGCAACCCUGGAGACAUUUGUUACUACGCCAGCAGAAAUGACAAGUCGUACUGGUUGUCCACCACUGCUCCUCUCCCCAUGAUGCCCGUAGAAGAAGGAGAUAUCAAACCGUACAUCAGCCGCUGCUCCGUAUGCGAAGCUCCGUCGGUCGCCAUCGCAGUUCACAGUCAGGACAUCACCAUCCCACAGUGUCCGGUGGGCUGGCGCAGCCUGUGGAUCGGCUACUCCUUCCUCAUGGUGAGCUCUAGUUCUGUGUGAACAUUUUAGA